GGACGGAGGUUCUGUCCGCAGCGCAUUCGCAUUCAGACUGGAGUCCGGACCGCCUGGGCCCCCCAUCAGGGCUCGAACCACCCGGAACCUUUCUGCUGGACCCGCCGAGAUUAAAGACUGAAUUUAAAUCAGAGCUGGAGGAAACCCUGCAGAACCCAACCACGCAGAACCAGCAGAACCCUGCAGAACCCAACCACGCAGAACCAGCAGAACCCUGCAGACAUGUCGGACAGCACCGGCUGUGAGUUUGAAAUCGACGUGGAGACUCUGGAGUCCGACGAACUGGGCCCUGAAGACUCCUGCAGCCGGCCCGGUUCGGCUCCGCUCGGACCGGACGGAGACUGCACCAGGAGCGAGGAGCCUCCGGGGCCCGGCGGCCUGAGCUCCGGGGACCAGAGGAAGCUGAGCCGGACCCCCAAGUGCGCGCGGUGCCGGAACCACGGGGUGGUCUCGUGCCUGAAGGGCCACAAGCGGUUCUGCCGCUGGCGGGACUGUCAGUGCGCGAACUGUCUGCUGGUGGUGGAGCGGCAGCGCGUGAUGGCGGCGCAGGUGGCCCUGAGGAGGCAGCAGGCCACAGAGGACAAAAAAGGCAUUUCUGGGAAAGUGAUUCCAGCAGAGCGGAGGAUUUACCAGCGACACGUCCGGCCGUCCACCAUGUUGGCGAAAAGCAUCCUGGAAGGGUACCGUCCGGUCCAGCCCGACCCGUUCCUGGUGGCCAACACGACUCUUCCUCCUCCGCUCAGCGACCGGAUGAGGAAGAGGAGAGCCUUCGCCGACAAGGAGCUGGAGUCCAUCAUGUUGGAGCGCGAGUACAAGGAGCGCGAGCUGCUGGACAACGGCCAGGCGGGGCCCGGCCCGCUCGUCUUCCCCGGCGGCCUGGUCCACCACGCCGCCGAGUACAACGCCUACAAGACGGCCUUCUCCCCGGCAGCUCCGGUGGAGCCGCAGCCCAAAGAACUCUGCGGCUUCCUGGGUCCGAACCGGCUGGAUCUGUCCGUGCAAUACCCGUCCAGCCCGGCCAACGUGGAGCUCAUCUCCUCCAACGUCAGCGUGGCCACCACCUACCGCCACUACCCGCUGCAGCCGGCCAGGGGCGGCUUCGUGAUGUGGCCCCGGGGGCCCUCCAGCCUGGGGGACGCCCUGCUCUACCAGCAGUGUCUUUUCAACGCCACGGCCGUGCAGAACCUGAAGCCCGGCGCCGUGUGGGAACCCAAAGUGGUGCCUGCCGAGAGCCAGCCUCCGGAAACGGAGGCCGCCGCCCUCGCUGCUCAACUGGAAGGGUCCCGAGCCGCUGCCCUGCAGGACUCCUCAGACCUCCAAAGGCCCGACCCCAAACCCCCCAGUGUGGGCCAGGUGGGGCAGAAGGAGCGCUCGGCCUUCUCUCCGCCCAAGAGGAGCUUUGGACAAUCCUUCCCCACCCAGUCCCCGGACUUUAGCCACGUCCCGAACAAAGCGAGCAAAGACAGACUGUCCUCCAGACUCAGCUCCUUCCACUCGCUCCUGCAGAACUCCCGGACUGAGAAACCCCCCACAGGGUCCGGGUCAGAGGUCAGAGCGCCGUACUGCAAAGAGCUGCUCCAAGAGGCGGCCCGCAAGUUCAGGGAGGGCACCGCCAAGGACAUUCAGGGGCUCAAGGUCACAGACAGGUUCAGCAAAGACUUUCUGAGUAAAGCUGGGACCAAGAUGGCGUCCGGCGAGUCGCUGUCGUUUUCCGUGGAGGCCAUCUUGAAGCGCCCGGCGCCCGCCAUGGCUCGAGCCUUCCCCUCGUUCUGAAGCGCUUUGCACUAAAACGAUGUGAAAGAUGCAGCAGACUCCUCUGUUUUAUGUUUCCACAACUUUAAAGUAUUUAAAUAUUAUUCCUCGUCUGAAUGAACCUGAAUCGGAUCAGAACCGAGUCGUUGGUUCAUCUUGUGAAGCAGUUUGUC